UUCAACCGCGCUGUCAGCCGCCGCCGCCGCCUGUUCCUGCGGCCUGUUGUCGUCCACCCUCUUCGCUCACCCCUCGCUCUCUCUGCGCGGCCGCCCUCUCCGUUGUCCACCCCCUCCGUUGUCCACCCCUCUCGGCCUCUGCGCCGCGGGGGGCGAUGAAGAGGAAGCGGCCCAGCGCGGCCGGGAGGAGCGGCGCCGCCAAGAAGAGUUUGGUGGUCCAGGUGACGAAUGGGAUCAGGAGCAGAGUGGGCUCGUGGAUCCAGGGGAUUUUCCGGCAGGGCAAUGACAGCGAGUCGAGGGUCACUUGGAGCGAUGACAGUGGCUCCUCCUGCGAGGAGGCGGAGGAGAAGCCGGCCUCUUGCGGCGACCCACCCUCCCCCAGCAGGAGUAGCAGCAGCAGCAGCCCCACUCAAACAAAUGCCCAUGGCGCCAGCUCGACUGCUGAACACAGGACGCCUCUUGGCAACGACCGUCCUGAACAUGGGCCCUUCAGAGAGGGGUUCGCUUUUAGGGGCCCCACGUCCCCAGCUAAGGCACGCCUACAGAAGCCUCCCCCUGCCAGGCCGUGCAAAGACGUUGCGACGCAGUACGAGGAGGAUGACGACAUGUCUUCUACGAGCGGCUUCUCGUCGCGCCACUCCGACAGAGGUAUCACUGACACAGUCAUGUCAUGGACCCUCAAGUGUGAGGAGGCCCAGAGGCCUGUGCACAGCAUGACGAGUGCCAGCGACACGAGCAGAAGGAAAGGCUCUGCUGCGGUUCACUUGAGUUCGAAGAGACUGGCAAACGAAUGCUUGGAUAAGCAGAACGUGUCGUACAAGCGGACUCGUGUCGCCUACGACAACCCGGCACCUGCAUUUUCAUCGGCCUGCGCUCCACCAGAGCUUUUCAAAACUUCCUCCGAGCGUCCCGGCCGGACCGAGGCCGCACCCUGUGACGUGGCCCAGCAGGCCGUGCGGAAGAUCCUCCGCUCCCUGGAGACCAUGUCCUCCCCUCUCGCCGACGCUAAGAAGAUUCCACUGACGGCAUCGUGCAUCGAGAUGAAGAAUGACAGAAAGCAUCAAUCAGAAACAGCCCCUGCUUUCUCGUCUCCCUUGAAACGCCUGCGGAUUGCCGGCGUCUCGUGCUCGCCCACGGAGCACGGAGGGACGUGCCUCAAAGGCCUGCCACCGAGCGAAACUCCCGGUGAAACUCGGAGGGAACGCGGUGCACAGCGAACCCCUAAGCGCAGCCCUCGCGCCAGCGCGUCCUCCACGCACGUCCCUGUCGUGUGGCUUCAGCCGGGAACGAGGUCCGCGUCCUCCCCCGGCACGUUGGGCCGGUACUGCCGCCCGCCACUCGAGCGAGCGGAGAUACCUGCGGCACGCGGCGAGCAAAGGGUGGCGGCGCACGAGCCCUCCCAGCAGCAGACGACAGCAAAAAGUCCUCCUUUGGUGGUUGCGGAAGCAAGGGCUGAGAAGGAAGAGCAGAGUGAGCGUUUGAAGAGGACGCCGGAGCGGAGGAGCAGUGGUCACUUCACGGCAUUUCUGGCAGACGACGUGAAUGACCUUGACGACAUCGAGAUGGAACCACCUUCCAACUCCCAAGCAUUUAAAAAUAUUGACAAAGGUUACAUGUCCGGCUCGUCUUCCACCACCUCCUCGUCAUCCUCAACGCCCACCAAGGGCCUGGUGACCAACGCUUCGGCCUCGACCCUCGUGCCGGCCAGUAGAUCUCCAACAUCCUCAAGACUCUCGGAAGACGCCGCAACCAGUGGAGCGGAAGGAGGAGACCCUGUCUGCCCUCCCGCCGACGAGUCGAAGGGCAAGUCCUCGUUGUCAAGCGAGAGCAGGGCCGCCAGCGCCUGGGAGUGCGACACGUGCCUUGUGUGGAACUCCGGGCGGCGUCUGCGCUGCGCCGCCUGCGAUGUGCCGCUGCCCAGCGUGCUGGCGCUUCGCUCCAUGCUGGUGCCGCGCCCGUCCGGCAGAGACGCGUCUGAAAAGAAGGCGGGCGCCGGCGCCGCGGGGCAGGGCUCGGACGAUCGGCCUGAUGGCCCGUCAACGCCUGGCAGUACAGGGCUGGACAGCAACACAGAAGGGGAUACAACCAGCGUGGAGGUGGCAAGCGACACGACUCAGGUGGAAGUGAACAACCCGGCGGGUCUUCCCACAAUUCCACCGAGCUCAGUCGCGUCCCAAACGCUGGCGCCGCAGCCGGGGCUCCCCGCAGGCGGCGGUGACAUCGAUGCCGGCACGGCUGGGAGCUCGGCAGCUUCUCAGACGAAGGCUUCCGAGAUCGUUGUGCCCGGUGCCAGCAAGGCCGCUCCAGAUGGCGCCUUGCCCACAUCUGUAACCAUCGGUCAUACGUCCGAACCACCAAACACCGCACCGACGGCAGGGUAUUGUUUCGGAAGCAAACCGAUCACGUCAGCGGCUGCCGGAAUGUCAUUCCAGUUCGGAAUCGGCGGCGGCGGCGGUGGCAGCCAACAACCCCAGCCCGCGGCUGUGUCAGGUCUCGCAGGGGUGGCGGCCGCACCCAAGCCGGGAUCGGGCCAAGUGCUGGACCUGCAGGGGGACGUGGUCGGGAAGCGGUCGCUAGAUGCCGCGUCUGCGGCGGAGAAGCAAACGCCACAGUUCUCGUUUGGAUCCUCGGCGAGCGGCUUCAAGAUCGACUUCUCUGGGCUGCAGCAGCAGGGCCUGGGCUUGAGCACGGCGUUCCGGUUCGGAGAGGCCGCCAUUGGUAAAGAUUGUACGGAUGGGCCCCUUGGCAAUCCUCCAGCAUCCAACACUGCCGCCCAGCCUGGCAGCACCGGUGUAGCCAGCAGCAGCAGUGACACGAAGCCCAAUACUACCGACGGGCACCAGCUGGCACAGAACUCGGUCGCGUCCAGCGUCAACUUGCCCGGCGUCGCUCUCAUGACAAACCCCUCCUCGCUUAUUGAUCCUAGCUCCGCAGGAAUCGCAGCCGCUGCCGCCACCAGCGGAUCGAACACCAGCACGGCUGCCCUCGCUUCGUCCUAUUCCUCGCCGAUGCCGGGGCUGCACGCCGCGUCCGCCGCCUGUUCCGUGCCAGCGCCCGCCGCCCCUGGCGCAAGCAGCGGGAUUUCGGCAGCCGCUCCGACUUCCUCCGCCUUCACCUUCACAUUCGAAUCCUUCACUCGGGCCAACGGCAAGACGGACGCGGCGGCGUCGGCGGUGAGCGGCACCAACACCGCCCCCAGCACCACGGCUGGCUCCCUUUUCACCUUCGCCAACACGGCCACCGCAAACUCAAGCGGUGGCGCGGCGGCCGCGCCGUCGUUUGUCAUCGGGAACCCGCUGGGCACACUUGGCGGCUCCGGCUUAAACCCCACGUUCAGCGCCGCUAGCUCCGCUGCGAACACCAUCAACAAACUCUCCUUUGCCUUCGGGAAUCCCACUUUGCCGACAACCAGCAGCACAGCGGUUGUCGCGCCGACGGUGGCGUUUGGCGGAUUGGCGAACGGGGCUUCGGCUUCCGCGGAACCCGAAUCGAGCAUUCCCGUCGCGGCUGCGGCAAGCGGCACGGGCAACCCUUUCGUGUUCGGCGUGACGUCGUCCAGCAGCAGCGCCGCAGGGACCACCGUGCCCAACUUCACGUUCGGCAAAAGUACCGCCGGCGCCCCUCCCCCGGCCUCCACCUCGGCUGGGAGCGCCCUCUCAGGAAUUGGAGGCAACGCAGCCGCUCCCACCUUAACGUUUGGGCAAACGGCCCCACCUGUCGCCGCGCCAAGCGUCGCCGCGUCGCCGUUUACGUUUAAAGGCGGCGCCGCGAACGCCGUCGCCACGACCGCGGCGCCACUCUUCAACUUCGGAGCCAUCCGUACAUCGGGCAGCCUGGCGACGACCAACCCGUCGAUAUUCACGUUCGGGAGCGGCAGCAGCGCCGUGAGAACCAGCACGACCAUCGCGCAGGCGCCCAUCUUCUCGUUCGGCAGCGUGACGUCCGCAGCCACCGCGGCGCUCUCCACAAACGCGCCUCCGCAGGGCGCCGCCGGCGUCACGAUGCAGCCGUUCCAGUUCGGGGCGACCGCCACGACCGCCGGGACCAGCGCCGGUGCGAACGGUGGAAACUUUGCUUUUGGUGGCGCACCUUCUGGCGCCGCCCCAGCUCCGACGUUUGCCAAACCAGAAGCGCCUGCCUCGGUCUUCAAGUUCGGAGCUUCUGGUGCUGCCAACAGCGGAGGAACGCAACCGGCUGGGUUCGCGUUUGGCACGACCGCGCCGUCAGCUGUCGCCACUCCACCGACCGUGUCGGCGCUGUCCUUUGGGCUGCAGGGUGGCAGCAAGCCAGAAGUGGCAGCUGGAUUUUCAUUCGGAGCUGCGGCUCCGGCUCCCGCACCUGCCCAAACUGCCGUGCCGCUGUUCAACUUCACAAAUGCCGAAAGCAACAAUGGCAACAACAAUGCAGGCUUUAGGUUUCCGUCCAACACCAAUCCUGCAGCCUUCGGUGCUCAGCCCAGCAGUCAGCCAGGUUUCGGACAAACAGGCAAUCCGGCGCCUGUGUUUGGAUCCUCACCCAACCCCUCGCCAGUAUUCGGGCAAGCGGCCAAUCAGACGCCAGCCUUUGGGCAGGCCACCAAUCAAGGGCUGGCUUUUGGACAGCAGGCCAACCAAGCUGCCAUGUUUGGGCAAGCGACGAAUCAGGCGUCAGCUUUUGGUGCUGCUGUGUCUGCGUUCAACCAGACAGCCAAUCAAAAUGCAGCAUUCGCGUCGCAGUUUGGACAGGCGACCAAUCCACCCCCUGCCUUCAAUGCUACUCCUCCCACCAACAACGGCUCGUCUCCGUUUGCGUUUGGAGCGAACCAGCCCACGCCGCAGGCCUUCCCUGCCUCGAGUCGUCCCACGUUCACUAUCGGUUCGGCGGGCAGCAACCGGGGAAACCCCCACCGGCGGAUUCGCACGGCGCGGCGCAGGCGUGACCAGAACGAGCCGGCGCACUUCCACUGAGCACGGUCUGCACCUGGGAUGAGACAUGCAGGUGUUGGUGUCACGCACGCUUGCUCCGGACUGAAGUUCCAUCGGUCGAUCGCUCCUCAAUCCCAUUCGAGAGGCUGAACAGCGCUCCUGCGAGCAACUGCUCGGAUGCAAGGUUGUACCUGGAGUGAAGUUGCAUGUCAGGAAUGGAACGGAUACCUUCUGCAGGCGACGACAAAGAGACUGUACUCUGUAGCCGACAGGCACACAAGGUGUAUCGGUGCGCGUUUCGAACACGCUUCGGAAAGAAAGGGGCCUCGUCAUGAAUCUCUGGCUUUCUGCUUUGAGGUUUGAGUCCUUUAAUAGGAGCGUGCAAAGACUAAUGUGUUGAAAGGUAACAAACGAGCGAGCAUUAGGCUGAGAUGGUUUUGGAAUACUAUUAAUUGAAAUUCUUAAAAUAUAUUAGCUUUACUUGAGCUGAUAUCGGCUAUGUUAGCACGAUGUAUUAUAAGGCCAAUGUAAGUAACAUGCAGUGUGUAUGCAUGGUCAGUCUGAUAUUUUUCAACUUUUUCCAUAUGCCAGCUCAUGAAUUUCCACAUUGUACAUUGAGCGAAGUGUAACUCAACUCAUCUGUUAUCACAUAGCUUUGUCGAUUGGCCUGUUCUCUUGUUUUAAUUUGAUAGUGGUUUGUUUGCCACAAAUCUAUGUUGGCUAACUUAAAAUCGUUAAUGACCUUUUUAACGUGUAAGAAAGAAUUUCACAAAUAGUUGCCUAGAGCUGGCAGAGGUGAGGGGUACUAAGUUCGUCAUAAUUUCGUGGAUAUUGUACAAUUUCAUAUUACAACUUAAAAUGUUAAUAUAUUGCGAUGUAACUCGCUAAAGUGGCUGUUCUAGUAAUAAUAAGAAUAAUUUGUCCAUUGAAUUAUAUCGCUGAAUUAACAGAAAAUUAACUGAAAUGGCCAGAUUUGCACUUGGUGUUUUUGGCCGAAAACAAGUCGGACGUUGAGAGUAUUGGCUGAGGAAAUGCUGCCGCUUUCUGCGAUGCAGGGGACAGCUGCUGCUGUGCUGGCCAAGUUAAACAUUGGGCAGAGGAUUCUCGGGAGUUGUUGAAACGUUUCGUUUGUCGAGCCAGGACACAAGGCGAACAAAUAGAUCUGGAAUGGAAUUGUGAUGAAUAUGAGAUGACGUGAACUCUCUGGCAGUGUGUGAUCCGUGAGAAUGCAUUCAAUGUCAAGCCAUAACUUUUUGGCCUGCGGUCUGCACAGUGAGUGUUGCGCUCAUGGUCGCAGCACAGGUAAAGCAUGUCCUUAGAAUCAUUGCCAAAAAGAAUAAUACACAUCUUUAGGAUCACUGCAAACAAAAAAGCCCUGGGCUUGGGUAAAUCAGUAUUUAUUGGUGUGUUUUUAAGGUACGAUAUUCACAUUGGAUUUGAUGGGCUGUUGUUUUCAACAAAGACGCUGUGUGUAGUUUACAUUUAAAAUGUACAUGUGUGAAGAUUGUAACACGCAUUUAGGUUGAGCCUACGGUGGAGCGAAGGGCAGGACAUUUGUAAGUAAGAACUUAGCUCCUCCGGCCUUUCUGACGUGUAGCCGCAGUACGCAUUGGCACCUUAAGUUCGCAUUGAAGUCGAUUGCACAUUGUCGUCGCCUAUUUUGACACAAUACCGUAUUUGAUAGCUUCCGAUGGGAUCCCAAAAAAAUGUAAUGUUUAUAAAACUAUUUACUGUGCGCAGUGUGCAGCUAAGAGAAUCGCGUUUUGGUAUUUGCGAGUGGGUCGGUCGACUGUUUUUGCUCCGUCUCUGGAUUUGGCCAAAGUGAACUUCUGCCACCACCCAGUGGCGACCAGGGUUUGGUUUACUUCACAAGCAGGACGACCGGGGGGGGGUAUUUGGCAAUAGGAAUCACAUGUGCCAUUGGCUUGUUACGUGUACGCUACACUACUUACUGCCUAUUGGAACACCACCGGCUGAAAGGCAUCCAGGCUGCCAGGUCACCGCAGGUGUUACAGCUUGCUUCGUUUAGCUUUAGUUUUUGGCUUGGUUUGCGUUUGAGUACUCCUAACGACAGGUUAUGCUGUUGUAUUUACUAUAAGGUGAAUGUGCGUGACGGUGCAUCGCUGCAUAUUGUUCUCGUGACUGCUGGCAGAAGGGCUUCCGCGAACAGCAGCUCUAGAGAUGCCUUCUAGAGAGGCUCUUUGGAGAGUAAUGGAAUAAUGUGUCUAACGCUGUUGUUUUCUUCAGCGGUUCAAACCACAGUUUGGUCUUUGGCAAUGCAUAGUUAAUGAGCAAGCUGACAAACGUGUCACUUGCAAUUAAAUUGGUAAAGUAUUAGCAUAUUACACGUCAGACGUGAGCGUGUUUAGUGACGCUGGUUCGGCAAUUCACUGCAAGGAAGACGGGAAAAGUGAAUGGUAAACGUGGAUGCAUGAUUGCAGGCGGUGCCAUGAUGUUGGUGUCGUUGGUAUUUGGUCACCACGCAUGUAGUCAUUCAUCCCCUCUCCUCUUCUGCCUCUCACGUCUUCUGUUAUUUGUGCUGCCGUAUCUCGCAUGUCCUGUCUCACUCUUCUCAACCCGUUAGCCUAAAGAAACACAAACUGCCUACGUUUGCAUUAAUCAUUGACGAUGUAUUCUCACAUGCACAAUUUGUUGCAUGCAUAAUCGAUUUUCAUUCAUGAUUCAGUGAAUCGUUCAAGUUAAAAGUGCUUUCUUGCUUACUUGGGCAUUGUGACAGUGCUCAUCUCCUGUUUACAGCCAUGAGCCGUUGGUGGAAAUUCCACACUUCUAUGGCCGGGUGCGAGUCUAUCCAUAGGACAGCCCGUGUUGACUUCCCCACAAAACGGUACUCAUUUUAUCGACUCCAAACUUCAAUUUCGAUUUAAAGCUUUCGUGACUGCAGGGAUUCAUCCUCUUGGUUCUUUCGGUAAAGUCACGUAGGUUUUCACCUGAGGACGGCUGCUUGCGUUGUGGCCGAAACGUCGUGAGAAUUAUUUUAUUAUGUUUUAUUUUUAUUAUUUUAUUAUUUCCCUUCUACGUGACUUUACCGAAAGAACCAAGAAGAUGAAUCCAAAUUUCAAGUAAUUACUCGGGCUGCAUCUGACUCAUUGUGCAACUGACUAGAACUCAACUGCUGAUGCUCUGGUAAUCAUUCUUUUCCAGAUGAUGGACUGAGUUAAUCCCCAAGCAGGAUUUCAUCUCACAAUCUCGUGAUUGCGAGCUACCACUGAACCAUCAUUGCACGCGAGGCAUCCCAGUAUCCAAUCGGAGUGAGGAUUUGCGAUAUCAGCGUGGUCUUGUGGACCUUAUUGCUUCACGUGCCUCUUGGCGAAACGCAUUGCGACAUACAUUAGCAAUUCACAAUAUUUUUUUUAUUGAGGAGAUUGCGUUAAGGGUCGAAGUGCAUUGGAUAGGGUGUUGAGUCUGCUCUGUCGGUCCAAUGUGUCCAUAGGCAACGUUGCCAGGCUCUGUCUACCGUGUAAGUGGGCUGCUGGAAUAGGGAGCCAUAUGGAUUUCAACAACGUCAUCAUCUGACCAAUCUCAUCAGUUCUCGUAAGCCGAGUAGAUGUGAGGCUGGAUAGUGCUUUGGGGGGGGGGGCGACUGCCAUGCACAGUAAGGUUGACAUAGGUGGCUGUGGGACCACAUGGUGGACAGUAGUACAACAAUGUAGAGGGAAGUCAAGAAAAUACGUUGUGCUGUACUUCUAUGCUCCCCACCUUCAAUUAGCGCGAUCAAAUGACCUCCGUGAGCGGCACGGCUCUCAUCCAGCAGUGGAUUGAUAAGGGCUGCACAUGAGGGUGUAUGUUGUCCAAGGAAGAAUGAGGGAAUGCGUGUAGGUCAUUCAUAGUUGUUUCCCAUUCCAGCUUGGUUUUCUAAAUCUUUUUUUCUUGUUUCAGUGUGUGUGUUGAACACUGUCAAUAAAUUAGCCAUGAUGACUCUGACACUGCUGCAUCAUGGGUGUCUUAGUCAAGGCAGACACAGACUUGUUGUGAUGGCACCUCAGGGGAUGGUGACCCGACAGGAUAUGAUAAGGUGGAAGAGCCACGGUACUCCUACCGUCCAUUUUGCAAAAUAGAAUUUUGAUCUCGCUUAUCCGUGUUAAUUUAAUUUAUGAGAUAUUUUAAUUGCUUGACGAUAUGAAAUGACAAACUCGUUACUUAAAGUUGUAAGCAAAGAGCCAUUGUCUAUUAAAUUAGUGCUUUAAAAAAUGUUUUUUCUAGUAAUUUAUGGCAUUAUCGAUUACAUGCUGUUGUCAUUUUUCUAUUCAAUGGAAUUCAUAGUUUCCUGUGCAAAUAUCGGCAGGAGUGUGCAUAAGCGUUUCAGAUUGUAAAAUUUGCAAGGAUCAGAAGACAUGUGGCCAGCUCAUGUUGAGUGAACUGCAGUUGACAAGCUUAGUCACAGCAGAGCACAAAAACAAGUCAACAGCAAAUGUGAAAUACAAUUACAAACUUACAGGAAACUGAUAUCGGGGUAACCAUCACAUCGGGAGUUCUUGCAGCGCGAAAAAUUAUGUCACGCUAAACCCAAAUGCGUACCAAUUAGAUGCAUUCACGCACAGAGUGAAUUUUGGUAAAGGGUUGGCAGUUGCAGGGCUGCUCUGUCGCGCAGCCGUGCCCGUUGGUAACAGGGUUCUUGCACGACGUGCUUUGUGGUUUGCGAUGGAUAGCUUUUGGGUCGAGUCCUUCCCCCUCCGCUGCAUGCCAGCGUGCCGCGUGGGUCAGUCACCGCUUUAGGAGGGUGCAAAGUGUAAGUAGCCUUUAUCGUCGUACGUUAACCGCGUGUCAAGUUACAUAACCACGUCGAGCGUAUUGCUGUGCUGGUGAAUAUUGGCGAUUGACUUGAAUAUUUUCGAAUUGACUCGAUAAUACAACUGAUAGCUCUGAAGGGCGGGGGAGUGAGGCUCGGUUGGAAGUUGUUCCUUGUUGAUGUUCCCGAGGUGCAGAAAGUGCACUGUUGAUGGAUUGCCAGGCCUAAUGCAAGGCAGAAUGUAAAUAUUGAGCGUCACAUUGCAAUAAUUUGAUCGCGAUAAUAAAUGAUACACACUGAUACCACCAACUUCAGCGUUCGCUGCAUGCUUGUGGAAAGAAUACUGAUUAUGCAAUUACCUGCGAAAUUUUAAGUCUGCAGGUCUUUGUUCUGCGCUGGUCCAUUUUUUUGUUAAGUGUUGCAUAAGGCGUGAACCGUUCACAACUCGUGGUGUAGCUUAUUAACCAGUGUGUGUAAGGUAUUCAUAAAGUAAGGUCCCUGGUUUACUACGAGGCCUGGAGCUCUGGACUAAUGUUGAGUGUGUGUUGGGUGUGCAAGACAAUUCCUUUGCAGGUAUUGUCUACCUUGCCACCAUUCCCAACCAUAACCACAAUUAGGCUAGAGCCGGGCCAUAAUCGGAUUACUGUAUUAGAUGACUAUAGUAAUUGGAUUACUCUUCCUAUUAUUGGUUCAAUUUAUUCGACCAAUCGGAUAAUACGAAAGAGUUGGAGGAAAAAAAGUGUCACCCCUGCUAACCCCCUCUCCCCCCACGUGCCGCUGGUCGGGAGGUGAUGAGCAGGGUUUGGUGACAUCAGCUACAUCACGCCGGGCGUGGCUUUUAGGGGGUUUCCCGCCUUAAGGAGGCGGCUGUGGGGGGUGGCCGACAUUUUUAAAGGGGUGCAAGCGUUCAACCACAAAAAGAUGCGUAACAUUGAAAUUUUGGCUAAUCGACUAAAUUGUCUAAUUGUCCCAGGAAAUCCAAAGGGAUAUGCAUUUCGAUAAAGUAAAAGAGGAUGAUACUUUAUGAAUGCCUUUGCUUGUGUUUUUUUUGUAUUAUUGUUAUCUAAAAAGUAUUAUGUUCAUGUUUGAUAGGGGCAGCAAUACACAGGAGGGAAUUUGAUAGUUUAUGAAUUACAGUCAUAAUAAUCAUCAUCAUCAUUCCUUAACAUUUGUGAUGGUGGUGGUGUCAAGGUAAAACCUUAGGCUCGUUGUAAAUAUGAGUGGAAUGACUCUGUCUUCCAAGGUCCACGUUACCACUGCAAAAUUGCUAACUCUACCUCAAAGCGUUGCUUGCUGUAGUGUUUCAUCUGACGGGGCUCAGGUGGGCGUGAGCACUGAGGCAUUACUCCUGAUCCGUGGGUAAUGUUUCGGUUAUAAAAUGUGGUUAUUUGUGCAUUACUAGAAUUGUAUCUUCAUGUGCACUGUGUGUGUGUAUACUGGGGUAUUCGGUCUUUGUGAAAAGCUCUUGCCCCAACUGCCUGUGUGGGCUUCACCGGGUUCUUUGUGCAUGGGUGGAGUCGUGGCAUAGUGGUUGUUGGCGCCCUGUGCGGUGAUUAUCUGAACCUUAUCUUAACCCGUCAUGGGCCUCUCCCCUCUGUCGGGUAAGCCUUAAAUGAGUAGCUAUUGCAAUCUUUAAUCGUUAGCACUGGGGGAGACAGAGCCGGAAAGGCGUAGCGCUGGCAACACCACCGCCUCGCGUGUCCCGGUCUUAACAGGCGCUUGCUAACAGCACUUGCCCCGACAUCCUGUUUGGCUAUAUGGGGGAUCUUUGCGUUAUAAUAUAUACACACACACAUUGUACGUUUACACAUGUACUUGUGUAUGGGAGGGGCUCUCAAAAUGUUUUGGGAAUGUGCUACUAACAUUGUGCGGACUUACUCUAAACCACUUGAUUUUUUAAUUCAGUCCUUACAUUAUUGCACUUAUUACACGAUUGUUACAUAAUAUUGGAGUCAAAAUUCCUCAACGUAAGAUCAAUGAGACCAAUGUUAUUGUCAUUCUCAAGGUGUUUUGAUUGCCUGUAUUAUAUAGAUAUAUAUUGCCCUUGUAAUGGUUAAGAGAAUGUUUAAUGGUGUGAGUUUUAUUUUAUUAUAAUUUGUUUUUAUAUAUUUUAAAAUAUUUUUUUCGUAAUUUGUCUAUGCAGUCCUUCUUAUUCAACGUUGCCAAACACCGCCGGUGUUAAAUUCUCGGGAGAGAGAGGGGAACGAAUUAGGGCACUCGUGUGCAUUUCUACAGUCGGAGCAAACAUUUUCAACGUUUAAGAAAGGUGGUAUUUAUUUUUGUACUCUACUAAACGGACGGCCGCUGGUGGAUUUGGAUAAAGAAAACGUUUGCUCGCUGGCGAUGCGAUUAGCGUGCCCCGAGGCAGGAAACAAGACGGCUUGUGCGUACUGCGCGCGUGUGUGGCCUUGCGAGACUACAGUCGAGCCUUCGUGCAUCCGCCCCUCGGCGCGCUCUCGCGAUGUCGUGGUCAUACCGGAGAGAG